CAAACUACAUUUUGUGUCUGUAAGGAAUAUCAGAAUUUUGGUAAUCUCUUGAACAUGACGUGUAGAAUUGAAAAAGUAACAACUAUGAGCCUUUAAUUUCCCCUGUCGUACAGUGGGAGAGGACACUGAGAUAGAAGGUAUGACCUUACCAGCUCUACACGUUGUGCCAAACUGUACUGCCUUUAUAACAGACUUUUACACAGGUACACUGUGUGGGGAAAACACAAGUGGUAGUACUUGUUUAACUGUACAUUAUCUUGCAGGUGGGAACCAGCGUGAACUUGCUCGCCAAAAGAACCUGAAGAAAACUCAGGAGAACCACAAAGGCAAAAGGAAAGAAGACAGCUUGUCUGCUUCUCAGAGGAAACAGAGGGACUCUGAAAUCAUGCAGCAAAAGCAAAAAGCAGCUAAUGAAAGGAAGUCUCUGCAGGCAGGAGCAAAAUGAGCCGCCGCUAUGGAGAAGAUAGAGUGCACUGAUGAAGCACCUAGAAGGAUCUAGAAGAUCAUUCAUAAAAGUGUCCGGCCAUUAAAUGAUUAAAUGUUUAUUGUGCAGAGUUGUUCAACUAUCAUUAGAGUAUUUUCUGGUUACUAUAGGCCUAGUUGUCUACAGUGCUCUUUAAAAACUGACUACACUCUUCUGCAUGUCUAUGAAUAAAAGUACCAAGCAAUAGCUUUAUUCUAGCUUUUGCUGCAUUUGUUAGUUUUACUUAAUGGUUCCAGUAGCAGUUUCUGAAUCUACAGUUAGACCAGAUUUGGUUGCCUGAAUUCUUGAAAGUACAGCUUCAUUCAGAAUGGAACACACUUGUAAAAUGUGCUUAACCUUGCAGAGGUCUGAACUGUAAAUCUCAAGAUAUUUUUACAAUAAAAAGUUGCAUGAAAUACUGUCUAAUCUGAAA